UGUUUUCUUCUUCUUAUGUGGUUGGAUGGAUCUGAGAUGAGGAUGUUUUUUUUGUUCCUGUCCAAAAUUCCGCGUGUGGGGGCUCAAACUUUCAACCAAACGUUUGAUUAGAUUGGGUCAGCUCCAAGCAAAAAAGACACACACACACACGACACACCCCAUAAUCUCUCUCACACACACACACUAUAGAGGAGCUUUAUAAACAAGACUUGCCUUCAACCUUACCUGCUCGAGGUGAGGGGUCAAUGAAACAACACAACAAAGCAAGAAAGCUCGUGGCAAAGAAAAAGCUAGCAAAAAAAAAAAAAGCCUUAAAGAAAGCUGAUUACAUAAAAGCAAUACCUUUCUCUCUCUCUCUCUCUCUCUCUCUCUCUCUCUCUCUAUUAUUUCUAUUAUCUCUAUUUCUUCCUUCAGUUGUGCCACUAUCACUCCUCCUCAUCUUCUUUCCAUACGAGUAAAGCUGAAAACCCCACUAUUGCAACCUCACAACUUGCACUAGUUUUGAGAAUUUGAUCGUGUGCUAACAUAUAGUCCUCAAAGCACAAAAAUUUUCCACCCAUGUUAGACAACAACAACAGUGCUUCUAAUUCUGGUGCACCAUCUUCUUCUGAUGCCGCCUUUGCAUUAUCUGAAAAUGGGGUGGCUAACAACAAAAGGAAAAGAAGACCAGCAGGCACACCCGAUCCAGAUGCCGAGGUUGUGUCUCUCUCACCAACCACCUUGCUGGAAUCUGACAGAUAUGUUUGUGAGAUCUGCAACCAAGGGUUCCAGAGGGACCAGAAUCUUCAAAUGCACAGGAGGAGGCACAAGGUGCCAUGGAAGCUGCUAAAGAGGGAAACAGCACAAGGGCAGAAUAAGAAGAGGGUGUUUGUGUGCCCUGAGCCAAGCUGCUUGCACCAUGACCCUUGCCAUGCCCUUGGGGACCUUGUGGGAAUCAAGAAGCACUUCAGAAGGAAGCACAGCAAUCACAAGCAGUGGGUGUGUGACAAGUGCUCCAAAGGGUAUGCUGUUCAAUCUGAUUACAAGGCUCACAUCAAAACCUGUGGCACCAGGGGCCAUUCCUGUGACUGUGGCCGUGUCUUUUCCAGGGUGGAGAGUUUCAUAGAACACCAAGAUGCAUGCACUGUCCGGCAGCAUCGCCCAGAGUUGCAAGCACUUCAAGCAGCAUGCUCUUCUAGAACAGCUUCAAGCGCAAGUCCCUCUAGUGAGGCAAAUUUUAGCAUAGCCCCACCAUUGCAAGGACUUCCAGUACUGCCAAAACCAGCUGAACAACCAGCAACAGCAGUCUUAUUAAUGUCAGAGAUACACAAUAACAAGUCCACCACCUCGCAUAACUUAGAACUUCAGCUCUUGCCCUCCUCAAUAAAUUCUCAAGAAAAACAUAAUCCAAAGGAAAACUAUGGCUUGAAACUUUCAAUAGGCUCAUGUAGAAACGACACAGGGAAUAAUGAACCAGCAGAGAGAGCAUGUUCAGAAGCACAUAGGAGCCCACCAGAAAGGAAUAAUAAUAAUGUGAGUGACUAUUCCACAUUGGAAGUGGCAAGGUUGAAGGAGUUUGCAGGAGAGGAGCUUAAGUUGGCCAUGGCAGAAAAGGCUUAUGCAGAAGAGGCUAGAAGAGAGGCCAAACGCCAAAUUGAGAUAGCUGAACAUGAGUUUGAGAAUGCCAAAAGGAUAAGGAAACAAGCACAAGCUGAACUUGCAAAGGCUGAAGAGCUGAGAAAGCAGGCCAUCAAGAAGAUAAGUUCCACUGUUAAGGAAAUAACAUGCCACACUUGCAAGCAACAGUUUCAGUCUUCAAUUGUUGGGGUUCCAUCAUCAGAAGAAACCUCCAUUGUGAUGAGUUACAUGUCCUCAGCCACCACAGAAGGAGAAGCAGAAUGAGUGACAUAUACUGUGACCAGAACACAUUGUGCUAAGAAAAGAAAGAAAAGACAAGCUUUAUUCUGCCUAAGGGAAAGAUAUGAUAUGAUGAUAUUACAGGAGGAGUUUACAUGAAGUUAUAUUGUUCUUAAUUUUUUCUUAUUCAUUUUUUUUCUUUAAUGUUUCCUUCUCUCUUGACUAGGUGAAAUUUGUUUUAUUUUAAAGAAAGUUCAUAUUCUUUAUAUUUUUAUCGAGAUGCAGUGUUUAGGAGUUUGAGAGUCUGACUAUUGAAGCUUUGUUUAAAGGUGAGUUGUAACUUGUUUUUUAUGAUCAUUAUUUGACAUAUUCAUCAUCCGUUCAUUUGUUAUAUGACAAUUAAAAUUGAAGACCAUGCAAGGUUAGCUUUAC